GAUUGGCUGGCUUCUUCCAUCCGCCCCACCCCGGGCGAGCCGCCUUCUUGGCUGAUUUGUCUAGGCGAGCCUCUGGGCGCUCGCUCAGCGCCUCUCCGGCUGGUUCUCAAUACUUGUAGUGCCGCCCUGCAGGCUCUAGAGGGAGCGGCGCUCAAUGUCCCCGUUUGCCUAGUGCGGGUGUUGCGAAUCCUACUUCCUCACCACUGCAGAAGCAACUUAUACAUUUGGCUGGGACAUUCGCUAGGGCACAUAACCCCAUCCAGAGUUCUCGAUCCAGACUCGCCGGGCCUGUGCUGAGGGCUACAGAGUUCCCGACGACGGAAGCCAGGAGCUCAGCGCUUCACCCACAGGCAGAGUAGCCUUUCCCUGCAACGUCAGCACAGAAAUGUCCAAGCCGCCACCUAAACCAGCCAAACCAGGGCAAGUCAAAGUCUUUAGAGCCCUGUAUACAUUUGAGCCGAGAACACCAGAUGAACUGUACUUCGAAGAAGGGGACAUAAUCUACAUUUCUGAUAUGAGUGACACAAAUUGGUGGAAGGGAACCUGCAAAGGCAGAACUGGACUGAUCCCCAGCAACUAUGUGGCUGAACAAGCAGAAUCUAUUGACAACCCACUACAUGAAGCUGCCAAAAGAGGAAACUUGAGCUGGCUGAGGGAGUGUUUGGAUAACAGAGUUGGUAUCAAUGGAUUAGACAAAGCUGGAAGCACUGCCUUGUACUGGGCAUGCCAUGGAGGACAUAAAGACAUAGUGGACGUGCUACUGACACAGCCAAACAUAGAAUUAAACCAACAGAAUAAACUGGGAGACACAGCCUUGCAUGCUGCUGCAUGGAAAGGCUAUGCAGAUAUUGUAGAAAUGCUGCUGGCAAAAGAAGCCAGAACAGAUUUAAGAAACAAUGAGAAAAAAUUGGCUUUUGACAUGGCUACUAAUGCUGCUUGUGCUUCCCUGCUUAAAAAGAAAAAAGGACAAGACAUCAUACGAUCAUUAAGUAAUGCAGAAGAAUACCUUGAUGAUGAAGAUUCUGACUGAAUUGCCUUAUACCAUUUCAAAGUCUACAGCCUCUCACCUUCACCUUCCCUAAAAUCAUUUCCACAUGUAAACAAAAAAUUACUUUCACAUAUACUGUAAUGAAGUGUUACCAUCAUUGUAAAUAUCAUUAUUCUUCCUCAACUGACUCUGUAUUAGGGGUCAUGAAUGAUCUAGUUUCAAACUCUUUUUCCUUGUGAGAAUAUCUGUAAAACGGGUCUCCCUACCAAUUCUCUAAUCUUACUGGAAAUGGGUAUUACUCUUUGAAAGCUGGGAUGCUCCAAAUAUCUAUUUGGAGAUCAUUCUGUUUCCAGGGCAAUUAGCCAUGCUAAAAUGUACCUGGAAUAAUUAGUAUUAUUUUACAGAGAGGGAUCUGUCAGAUAGAAGAUGUGCUUUUAGACACUCCUAAUAUCCUAGUAUGACUGUGUAUAAUUAAGAAAAGAGAAUUCCUUGCAUGCAGAUGCUGCAUGGGGAACCAAAUGACAAAGGACUUACAAAGAUUGCUACCAGUGGUAUAGCUUUCCUUGCCUUGUAGGAUCAGAAGGAGCCUCCCAGGAUAUCAGUGGUAUAUGUACACUUCUCACUGCUACCUAGGAAUGUCCAUGGUUGGAAAGAUAGCAUAUCAUAGUAGCCUUGAUCAGAUAUAUACAGUUAGUAACGUUGGUAGAAAGAAUGAUCACAGUUUGCUUCACUGGUGAGCUCAAAAAAGUUGCAAAUCCUCAAAUAGUUCCUCUAAAAAUGCAGCAAAGAUGAGCCCUUACUUCCCCUUCAUUGCAGUUUCAGGACACAGAAAAUGGGCUUAGAGAUCACAGUCUUCUGAUCCCAAAUCCCUUCUCUCACAAUGGUCACAUUGAAGAUGGAAUGAUGGUGAUCCCCAUCUUUUUCCUCUGGAAUUCUCAUUGUUCAUGUCCUUUAUGAAUUUUGUGGCGGCACUCUAUUUGUGUGUGUUUGUGCAUAUUUCAUCCAUUAGAUUAUAUAUAUAUAUAUAUAAAAAUUUUGAUCGUAUUAAGAGUGGUUAAUGGAUGAAAUAUCCUUGACCCUCUGACUUUAUGGUCUCCAUCCUAAAAACCUUAGACAGGCAGUAUUCUUUUAGAAGGUCAUUAUUAAGAACGUUACCCCCUGACUGGGUACAAAGACAGUCCUCUCAGGUAACCAUCAGUUAUUCUGAUCAAUUAAGGAGCAGCGGAGGAACUUUAUUUCCAGUUCUCUGUGGGCCUUCCCCAAUAGCAUGGGUGCUGUUGCUACACGGAGUUCCAGCUCUUGAGGAACCAUGGAUGUAUAACAGCCACACACAAGGUCUCUAAUCUGGUUAGGGGCUGUUGUGCAGAAUUCUGCUUCUUUCUGUGUUUGCCACCUUACUGAGCAGGAAUGUUUAUUGGGGUAAGGAGCUUAUUCUUUGACUUGAAAUGAUAGCGUUAACACCUUAAAAUAUAUUUGUGUUCAUAUUUGUACCACGGAGGAAGGGAAUGCUUUUCACUUUAUCUUGCCUUAAGAAAAAUUAUUCCCCUUUUGCUUUCCCAUUCUGUUCUUUCUGUCCCUUAAAGAGUCUUGUGUUGUAGUUCUAUUUCUAAAGGUUAAAAAAAAAAUCAGGUCUGACCUGAAUUAUUCUGAAAUAAUUUUAAAUAAAAAAACUAUGAACCAAAAGGAUCAGCAGAAAAGGAUCCAGUCCAAAUAAAUAUUUUUAAAUGCUUUUAAA